AUGUACCCACACCGAAAAAGCUCUCAGUGCCUGGUGGAGACUGGACCUACUGAAAAGGCACAAAGUGUUCUCAGUAGUAAUAACAAACAGGGUAUAGACAGUGUUCCUUCAAGACUGAAUGGGGCAGAAAUCAGGAUUGGAAACAGUCUGGAGAACAACGGCAGUAACAAUCCCAGGUGUGCUGUGAUCUCUUUCAUUCCUGCUGGUCUUUCCGCCACCUUUGAAUGUAAUGGGAUGGAAGGACGUUACAUUAAUGUUGUUAUUCCAGGACGGGAAGAAUAUCUUACGGUUGAAGUGUACGGAUCACCCCUGGAUUGAGAAGCACUUAAAAAAUAAUAGAUUUUUUUAAUUUGUUGAAAAUGUACUCGUCCUCAGGCCAUCCCUUGUGAAAAAAGUGUACUUAAAUACACUUUUAAAAAGUGUACUUAUUGUGCAGAUAGGAUACUUUAAAAGAACACACAUAAGUGCAAAUUCUAUUUGUAAUUGAUUACAAAUGUAUCACAUCUUUAAGGUAAUAUUAAAUGCAAUUAGUUGAACUACUGAGUGAUUUUUUAAACCACUUGGGACUUUAGUACAUCUUUAUAUGUACUUUCAUAAUUGCUUGUAGUCUCUUUAAAAUAUGAUAAUAAGUGUACUGCUCAAUGUGCUGAGGCACAAUAUGUAAGAUUUUUUUUUACUAAAAUAUCCCAAAAACAGUGUUAUAUAUUUUACUGACUUGUGUACUUACAUUAUCUCAAAUGUUUCCAAGAAUCUUUAAAUCCAGAGAAAAAUGUUUUAAAACAAUCCAUAAUUCAUUACUAUGUUCAUGGUGUUCUUGACAAAAUAUGUUUCCAUGUGCAUGAUGUCAAAUCGUAACACGUAAUUACCUAUUAAGUGAAUUUAUUUAAUCAAAUUACAUCCAAUUCUGUUCAAGUUGGAAAACAUAAA